UCUUUAAUUUUAUCUUUGUUUCUAAUUUUAUGCCUUCUAAUUUUAUCUUUAUUUCUUCACUUGUUGCAAAGCAGUUGUCCCAGGUGGGAGCCAAAAUCAUUAUCUCAUCACUAAUCUUAGGAAAACGCAGAAUGUUUCACUAUUACGAAGUUACCUGUAGGUUUCUUAUAGUUGUUCUUUAUCAGAUUAAGAAAGGUCAUUUCUACUCUCAGUUUUCUAAUCGUUAUUAAUUCAAAAAGGGUGUUGAAUUUUGUCAGAUGCUUUUAUUUGCAUUUAUUGAGAUAACUACAUAUUUUUGUUUAUUCUUUGGUGAAUUAUCUUGAUUGGGUAAAAAGAAUUAAAAUCAUUGUCUCAUUAAACCUUUUGCCUGUCGGCUAUGGGUUUUCCUUUUCCUUUUGUUUAAUAACAGCUCUGCCACAAAAUAAAAAUCUAGAAACACACAUUCCCCUUUGGCCUCCCUCCUCGGAUCCUCUGCUGUGAGCGCCGGCCUGCAGGGUGCGUGCGAGCGGCCCGGGCGCGCCACCUUCCGGCCCUGCAGGUCACCCGGCACAACUGCCCAGAUUUUCCCCGGGACCCGUGCCGCGCGGCUGGGGAGGAAGAGCCAGACGUCUGGGGCCCACGCCGUCCGAGGGGAAAGGGCGAGGCGCUGGGUUUUCCAGCUGCGACCUUUGGACCCCGCGAUCAAGUAGCUCCGUCAGGAGGCGGGGAUCGCUGCUUCUCACCUACUUUCCGAACUUGGCCUCCGCAGUCGCGACCUGGUGUGAAGGAGGAGCUGCUGCCCCCGCCCCAGCCUCGGGGACGCCUCUCUGAAGAGAAGCCAUUUGAAGCAGAAUCCAAACCAUGAAUUGUAGAGAAUUACCCUUGACUCUUUGGGUGCUUAUAUUUGUAAGCACUGCAGAAUCUUGUACUUCACGUCCCCACAUUACUGUGGUUGAAGGGGAACCUUUCUAUCUGAAAUAUUGUUCGUGUUCACCUGCACAUGAGAUUGAAACAAUCACCAAAAGCUGGUACAAAAGCAGUGGAUCACAGGAACGUGUGGAGUUGAAUCCAAGGAGUUCAUCGAGAAUUGCUUUGCAUGGUUGUGUUUUGGAGUUUUGGCCAGUUGAGUUGAAUGACACGGGAUCUUACUCUUUCCAAAUGGAAAAUUAUACUCAGAAAUGGAAAUUAAAUGUCAUCAGAAGAAAUAAACACAGCUGUUUCACUGAAAGACAAGUAACUAGCAAAACUGUGGAAGUUAAAAAAUUUUUGCAGAUAACCUGUGAAAACAGUUACUAUCAAACACUGGUCAACAGCACAUCAUUGUAUAAGAACUGUAAAAAGCUACUGGAGAACAAUAAAAACCCAAUGAUAAAGAAGAACGCCGAGUUGGAAGACCAGGGGUAUUACUCCUGCGUGCAUUUCCUUCAUCAUAAUGGAAAACUAUUUAACAUCACCAAAACCUUCAAUAUAACGAUAGUGGAAGAUCACAGUAAUAUAGUGCCAGUUCUUCUUGGACCAAAGCUUAACCAUGUUGCAGUGGAAUUAGGAAAAGAUGUAAGGCUCAACUGCUCUGCUUUGCUGAAUGAAGAGGAUGUACUUUAUUGGAUGUUCGGGGAAGAAAAUGGAUCGGAUCCUAAUAUACAUGAAGAGAAAGAAAUAAGAAUUAUGACUUCAGAAGGCAAAUGGCAUGCUUCAAAAGUAUUGAGAAUUGAAAAUAUUGGUGAAAACAAUCUAAACGUUUUAUAUAAUUGCACUGUGGCCAGCACGGGAGGCACAGACACCAAAAGCUUCAUCUUGGUGAGAAAAGCAGACAUGGCUGAUAUCCCAGGCCACGUCUUCACAAGAGGAAUGAUCAUAGCUGUUUUGAUCUUGGUGGCCGUAGUGUGCCUAGUGACUGUGUGCGUCAUUUAUAGAGUCGACCUGGUUCUAUUUUAUAGACAUUUAAUGAGAAGAGAUGAAACAUUAACAGAUGGAAAAACAUACGAUGCUUUUGUGUCUUACUUAAAAGAAUGCCGACCUGAAAAUGGAGAGGAACACACCUUCGCUGUGGAGAUUUUGCCCAGGGUGUUGGAGAAACAUUUUGGGUAUAAGUUAUGCAUAUUUGAAAGGGAUGUAGUGCCUGGAGGAGCUGUUGUUGAUGAAAUCCACUCACUGAUAGAGAAAAGCCGAAGACUAAUCAUUGUCCUAAGUAAAAGUUAUAUGUCUAAUGAGGUCAGGUAUGAACUUGAAAGUGGACUUCAUGAAGCAUUGGUUGAAAGAAAAAUUAAAAUAAUCUUAAUUGAAUUUACACCUGUUACUGACUUCACAUUCUUGCCCCAAUCACUAAAGCUUUUGAAAUCUCACAGAGUUCUGAAAUGGAAGGCCGAUAAGUCUCUUUCUUAUAACUCAAGGUUCUGGAAGAAUCUUCUUUACUUAAUGCCUGCAAAAGCCAAGCCAAGUAGAGACGAAUCGGAAGUGUUGCCUGUUCUUUCAGAGUCUUAACUUCAGAAACACUGAAUGGCAAAAAGAACUCAAGAUACUCUGGGGACUGAGCGUAUGAACCUGUUCAUAACAAAGGCUGUGACUCAAAAUAUUUAAUUCUGUAAAAAUCCUGUUCACAAUUUGAAGAUGAACUAGUCGUUAGGUUGGUGGGAAUAAGACUAAAGAUUGCGCUGUGGGCUGUGGUCACGUGCUCCCAGAAGACCUAGAAUUCAAAAGAAAUGGAGUUCUUCUUUUUCUCCCUCUUUCAUAACUGGAUGCAGCUGCUCUUACUCAAUCCCGUAUUCAGCAAGUGUAAGCCGGGCGUGAUGCAAAAUAACCUGUGCGCUACAAAAACAGCGCAUCUUUAAGAGUUUUAAUGCCAGUGUUUAAUUUGAAUGAGGGGAUUUUAAGUUCAUGAAGAGGCAUUUUCUAGGCACCAGUGGGUGAGGAGUAACUGAAAUGCUGCUUUCACUCCCUAACAUCAUGGAUCGGGUUGUGCAUGGGAUGUGGGAGGAGGGGCUGGCAGGGCUGCCUUCAGAGCCUGCAGGGCCUCAGCCUCAGGAUGUAUUUAAUUUAUCACGGCCACAGUUGCAGCCAACAGUUCUCAAAAGCUCAUGUGGAUCUAUUUAUGGGAACUUCUUAAAAGGACCCCAGAAUAGAUUUUUAUCUUUCACAAGACACACAAAUUCUAAUUUAGUUAAUUAUCUGGGCCUUUCACUUUUGAUGGUCUGAAACGUUGGUUGAUUUUGUGUGAAUGUUUAUAUCAAAAUGUUUGCCAGGUUGCGUUAGCCAUUGAAUAGCAAAAAAACGGAUAGUUACUUGCUUGGUUUUUAAAAAUUACAUACUAAAAAUGCCCUUAGCAUGAAGACAGUAUGGUGUGGCAGUUAAGAGAUGGGCUGUGCAGCCCAUCCUGAGCUCCAGUUCUGAGUUUGCGACUUACCUCUGUGGCCUCUGGAACCUCAUCCAACCUCUCGGUGCCUCAGUUUCCUCAUCUGUGAAAUUAGAAUUUAUAAUAAUUGUACCUACCUCCCAGGGGUGACUAAGUGAAUAAAUAUAAGUAAAGAACUUGCAGUGGUUCCUGGCACAAACUCAGCACUCUCUCAGUGUUGCCAUGACUAUUUUUAUUAUCAUUAGCAAUGAUUACUUAGAUCAAUUAUUUAGCGGUGGACUAAUGGAAGCUACAGAGCAGGGAAGGGAAGCAGACCUAGGGAGGAAGGCAGUUUUGAUUUGAGGGGGUUUGCACACAUAGAGAAGCAUAUUGGAGAAGCUUAUCCAGAGCAAAAUAUAUCUCUCCGUUGAAUAUCUGCCUCUUUUGAUGUUGGAAGACACAUGUCUUACUCCCUAAAGGGAGCCCAGCACUGGGAGCCUUCUUGAUGAUCUCAGAAGUAAUAGCUAUUCAAGAAAAUCACCAAGGAACUGAAACCGUGAGUUUGGAAGGCUGAUUAGAACACAUGGGAGCAACAUGAAUGUUCUACAAAAGUUUAAAGCAGAGACUGUUUCAAACAGAUGUAGUAGAUACUACUGAAAACCAAAGGAGAGUGAGAUUGUGUAAGAAUGUGAUUUAAUGUUUGUAGUGCUUACAAUUUUGUGCACCAACUGGAUGGCUAGAAAGGGUAAAAUAAUUUAAUUAAUAGCUCAUAUUUUAUGUGUGAAAACAUUAGUGAACAUAUAUAAUCAAAAUAGAUUUCAUUGCUAUUGCAUAGUCUCUGAUACAUAGAAUGAUUUUGCUUUUCUCUUUUAUUAUACUUGCUUUAAAAUACUUGAAAUGUAUUUUGUAUUAAAUGCAUUUCAAGUUAAAUGUGUUAAAUGUAUACAUUAGAUGUGUGCUUUAAAAUGCAUAAAAUACGUUGAAAUACAUUAAUGAACCAUUAGUCUAAUGCCUUUAUUUUUGAAAUGUCAUGACGUCUUUUUCACUUACUUUAAGAUUCCAAUUCCUUGUUCUCAAUGUAGACUCCUACCUGUUUAAAUAGAAUAUGGGCCAUUCAAAAGA